UUCUAUCUGAUUCCAAUGAAGAAGCUCAAGCGCCAGUACGAUGAUCAGAUCGUGGAGCGCAGCGUGUCCAGGCCCUCGGCGCGUAGCAGAAAGCGUUUGGAGUCACCGGAGACGGAGAAAUGUUUGCUCUAUAGCACGGAUGGUGCCAAGUCGACACUCACAUGCAACUUUGAGAAACGUGGCUGGCAGCAGGUGCCCUCAAUCAAAGGGAAUUGGAACUUUUACUGGGCCUGCACCCAAACGUGUCGCUACAUCUUUGGCAUCGAUCAGCCCUAUCGCAUGCGACCGGAUCAAAUCAUUAAUCACUUUCCCAACUCGAUGGAGCUCUCGCGCAAGGAUCUGCUGAUCAAGAACAUAAAGCGCUAUCGCAAGGAUCUGGAGCGCCAAGGCGAUCCGUUGGCCCAGACCCAUGCUGGGCUGGAGCUGGGCAUUGGGGGUACACGCUACCUGCAUCUGGAUAUUGUACCCAUGACCUUUGUCCUGCCCACCGACUACAAUCUGUUUGUGGAGGAGUUCCACAAGAAUCCGGCCAGCACGUGGAUCGUGAAGCCCUGCAGCAAGUCGCAGGGCAAUGGCAUUUUUCUGGUCAACAAACUGUCCAAGCUGAAGAAGUACGCCCAGGAGGCGCGACACUUCUAUCCACUGCUGAGCCGCAACAUAAGUGUCAUCUCCAGGUACAUCGAUAAUCCCCUGCUCAUCGGUGGCAAGAAGUUCGAUCUGCGGCUGUUCGUGCUGGUGACCACGUUCAACCCGUUAAAGGCCUACCUCUACAACGAGGGUUUCUGUCGCUUUUGCACGGAAAGGUAUGACCACACUGACAUUAACAACGUGUUCAUGCAUCUGACCAAUGUUAGCAUACAAAAGACAAACAAAGUGUACAAUUCGACGCAUGGCGGCAAGUGGCCUGUGCAGAAUCUUUGGCUCUACUUGGAUAGCCUGAGGGGCGGUAACGUUUCUACAAUUCUCUGGGCACGCAUCUGCGAGACAAUUCGGCACUCGCUGGACGCUGUGGCCCCAGUGAUGUCCAACGAUCGGCACUGCUUUGAGGUCUAUGGCUAUGACAUCAUCAUCGACAGCAAUCUGAAGCCCUGGCUGAUUGAGAUCAACAGCUCGCCAUCGAUGCACGCGACCACACCGAACGAUCGCAUGCUCAAGUCUCGACUGAUAGACAAUGUGCUGGACGUGGUGAUGCCACCCAGUGGCAUGCCCGAUGAUCACUGGGACAAGUCGCCCGAUCCAAGUCGACUCACAAACUUCACGGUGCUUGCGCCCGUCGUGAAGAAGAUGGAGCCGCCAGCACCACUGCCAGUUGCAGCUCCAACACCCAAAAAGAAACGCAAACUAAAGACAGUCAAGAAGAAGCGUGCCCCGCCAGCAAAACAGGAAGACGACGACGAUGAUGAGGAGGAGGGACCCAUAAAGAGCAGCAAGCACCCAGCACGACGGCCCCCGGCAGUGCCAAACAUCAAGACUAGAAUCAUUCAGCGUUGAGAACGAGCAUU